AUGGCGUUCCAUGGAUCCAACUCAGGUGAUUCAUUUGGUAUCAGGCCAUCGACCCAGAUGUUUGAGUACCACGGAUUCGGGUUUGAAUUACCACAUGGCAAGGAUGUUCAUCAUACAAACCAAAUAUCCGCCAAUACCCCUGUUAUACUGGUGGAUGCUGGUGCAAUCCGCCACAAUGCGCUUGGGUAUGUUCAUGAGUUGAUUCAGCAAUCUGGCUUCCCAACCUUCGCCACUCCGAUGGGGAAGAGAGAAGCGGAUGAAACACUGCCUACCUUUGGGAGUGUAUAUGCGGGGAGUGGUUCCAAUGAGGGCGUCGCUGCGAGGGUGGAGUCGGCCGACUUGAUCCUGAGCACUGGACUAUUGAAAUCAGACUUUAAUACGACAGGAUUCUAUACCGAACCAGCUGACUGA